AUGGGCCUCUCCCUGACGCCUCCCCUCCUCCUCAUCCUCUCUGACCAAAAAGCAAAGGGCACCAGUCCACUUUCCAGAAGUUUGCAGGGUCCCCUGAGGGACCUGUGGCAGAACCGGCCCCGAGGUCGUCGGAUCCCGCCAAUGCUUUCAGGUAAGACGGCUGCACUGACGGACGAGGACCCGCCUUUCUGCCUUGGGCAGCGCGCGGACUCCCCGCGGGCCUGCCCCCUCCCUGCGCCCCGACUCGUCGACUUCUACAGUCUGGGGAAACUGAGGCACAGGGGUCGUUUCAAGUUCACAAGAAAUUGGACGAGGGCACAUUUCAAGAAGAUGGAUAUCAUCAAUGUCACCGCCUUGCCCAUGAUACCAGUGGAGGAGAACUUGGCUGUCUCUCACACUGUGCAAGAUGCGAUGAAGAAUGCUGUGAGGAAGGAUUUAGAGAAAAAUCCACCCUCAUGCAUUAUUGGUUCCAUGGACCAAGUGAACCAAAGGAUUGCUGAAGUACAUAUGAGUCCCAACCUGCUGGCCACCAUCCUGGCAAUUGAGAGAUUUGAAAUGGAGAAGAAAGCUUUAAGAGAGAAAAGUCGUGGCAUCUCGGGAGACAGAGGCAAAAAAACCUUUUUCAUAGCCUGAUGGUGUUUUUGUUCAGAAAACAAGAUUGCCAAGUCUUUCAUUGGAAAGAGAAAAACAGCAGAUAAAAAUCUGCUAGUGGAGCUGUACCAGUAUCCUGAAUUUAACAGCUCCAGGCCAAACGAGCUUCCGAAUGGGGUGCAAUUCUGUAACAUGAUAAGCAACGUGAUCCGGGCUGAGAAGAACCCCCUUACUGGCAAGUCUUUCUGUGCAGAUAAAGAAUUAGAGAAGUUUCUCUCUUCUCCUUCCCCACGAGCCAUGUGGCUGGAUAGCUUCUGGUGGGUCUUUCAUGAAAGGUACCAGCCAAACAAGGAGAUCCAGAAGAAGCUGUUUGACCGGAUAGCCAGAAGCUACGCCCGUCUUUUAUUUAAUGAGCCCAGGUCCCACUACGAAGAGGCUCUCUUAAAAAGGUUGCCGAGCCUCAUGAGCAAAGGCUUGUACACCAGCUUCUGCUCCUGCUUCCCACAGUCCUUGUUCAACACACACGAGUUCAAGACCGACAUCUGUAAUACGAUGAGCCUGUGGAUUUCAGGUAUAUAUCCUUGCCCACAGAGCUAUAACGACUGGGACUACUCAGAACUGGACCCAGAGAGAUUCCGGAGAGAAGAAUUAAUGUUACAGAGAAAAAGACUGAUAAAGGGUAAGAUACCAUCUGAAUACAUUUUCAGACUAUGGGAAGAUGAGAUCUACCUAAUGCUUUUUCGCAUCACAGCUGGAAAGCUCCAAUUGCCUUUGUUUUAUUUAUUUAUUUUUAAUAUUCUCUUGACAGAGCAUCACCGUCAAGCAAUGAUCUUGAGGAAAGUUACAAAUCAAGUCAAGAGAAUAUCAGAAGGAAGGCAACAUGAGGCUAUGUUAUCUAAACAGUCUCACCCUGCUUGCAAGAGCCCUGAGAUGAUCGCAAACCACUUCAACAUUUAUGGGAAGAGCCCUCUGAUUGUGUACUUCCUCCAGAACUACUCCAUUCUACGGCAGCACGGCCAGGACAUGUUGAUGGUCAGGAGGGAGAAGACCAAGAGCAUUCCUGAGUCCACCAUGAGGUACGCUGACAUCAUCACCCAGGCCCUGAACAACAUGAAGAAGCGAAAGGACAACCUCUGCCUCUUGAACAGGCUUCACUGGAACGAAUGGAAUUAUUUUGAUCAGUACCUAAAGGAGCAGCAAAACCACUUCCUCAGGGAGGUGAAGAACAUCAAUCAAAAAGCGGCAGAUAAAAAGAAGGCAAACCACACUUUCAUUCCACCUUCAGCCUUCAGUGAAGAAUACGUUGACAAGAAAUCCAGAGGAGGCCAACAGAAAGAGAAAAUUUCUUUUACAGUUUGUUCAGUCCAAGACCAUGGAAAAAUCAGAAGUGUGUACCAUUUAAGAAUUCCUAGUAUAUACCCCUGGACACUUUUUUUUAACUCAGUACUGAAAUCAUCCCUGAGGUUCACCCUUCAGCCAAAAAUUAGACAAGCUGAUAAAACAAAAUGAGAGUAAAUGGGCACACACACACUGGGACAGGGAUGAAAACGCAGAAGGGGACAGGAAAGCUGGUAACAGGGAACCCAAGGUCAAGAGGGGAAAAGUGUUGACACGUGGGGUUGGCAACCAAUGUCACAAAACAAUAUGUGUAUUAAUUGUUUAAUGAGAAACGAAUUUGCUCUGUAAACCUUCACCUAAAGUACAAUAAACAAAAAAAAAAUUCCUCAUACGUAAACUGAGAACAGUUAAUCGGAAGCACAGAUGAGAACUUUAAGGGGCAGAGAGCCCAAAUUAAUGGUGAUGAAACAUAUGGGUAGUGAUAGUGAGAAUGGUGACACAAUGUGAAGUCUCUAACCAGUGUCAUUGACCUGUUCAUGUAGAAAUCGUUGAUGGAUGUAUGUUUUGGUUAUGUAUUUUGCCACCAAAAAUAAAUAAAAUAUUAUUUAAAAAAAAGAAUUCCCUAGUACGUAGGAAAAAGCACAUAAAAGUUCGCUCACAGUCUGGUGUCGGGGGGUUGUA